AUGCGCUUCCUCCAAGUGCUUUUCUUGAUGGUCAUCGUCCUUCUCGCGUGGGUGACGACCGUAGACGCGCUCAACAUAUCGGCCCACGAGCGCGAUGAGCUCUCGCGCGACUUGCGGCGCUGGCAAAAGAGGACCUUGACGACCGACGAUCUGCUCGGGCGCUUGAAGGCGUCCAAAGACAAGCUUCCGAUGCUUCGUGCAGCCAACCCGCACGCGACCUUUAGCCACUUGACCAAGUUUGCGCUGCUCACCGACAAGGAGCUGGCGCGGUUCACGUCAUCGCCGCGGGUGCGAUCGCCUGCCAGUAUGCCGUAUGACGGCAGUGGCAGCGCGGCCACUGACACGAUCGACUGGCUCGCGUCCAAGUGCGUCUACCCGGUGCAGAGCAUGGGCGCGUGCUUUAGCGUCUGGGCCAUUACAGCGAUCCAAGCGGUGGCGUCUGCGAACUGCAUUGCGACCAACGCGCUUCUUGACAUCUCGCUCCAAGAGGUGGUGAGUUGUGCCAACAUGGGCGGCCCCGAUGGCUGUCAUGGCGGCGACGCCAUCGCCGCGCUCAGGUGGCUCAUCAUGCAGCAGACCGCCUUGUGCAAUGACGUCGACAUCCCAUACACCGCGGGCUCGUCCGCGUACGCGCCGACGUGCAGCGACAACAGCAAGUGCGCAGGCGCCAUCUCGUUUGCCGUGAGCGACGUGGUCGAGAAGAGCGGCGAAGCGCUGCUCGAGAAGCACGUCCGCGUGCAACCCGUCCUUGCCAUGGUCUCGGCGUCCGUUGACACGUGGUUUCUCUACACCGGCGGCAUCCUCUCGUCGUGCCCGCAGACAAAGUCGGCGUUUACCCUGCCCUUGCUCGUGGUCGGCUACAGCACUGAGAACGGCGUCGCCUACUGGAAGGUCCGCAACGGAUGGGGCACUGUCUGGGGCGAGCAGGGCCACAUGCGCCUCCUCCGCGGCAUCGGCGGUCGCGGCACGUGCAACGUCGCCGCCCACUUUGCGUUCCCAGCCAUCCCGUCUCGCAAGCCUUAG